AUGUUCCGUCGAGUUUCGCGCCGAAUGUACGACAUUCCGCUCAGCGGUACGCGCCCUGCCAACAGACUACCCUCACGCAAGCACCCACAUCCACGACAUUUCCGCUGCACUACGCGCCGUCUGGACUUCCACUUCGACACUCAUCACUUUGUGCAGCGGCUGGUACACGAAGGGCUCAACCGUGAGCAGGCGGAGGGCGUCGUGGACGCCAUGGCCGGGGUCAUCGAUGAGAGCAUACGGAACAUGACAAGCAACAUGGUGACCAAGGCCGACCAGGAGAAGCACCACUACACCCAACAGGUCGACUUCGCGCAGCUCAAGUCCGAGCUACAGCUGAUGGAGAAGAACGAGCUCGCAAUGAUCAAGGCAGAGAACGAUCGCCUUGUGACGGAUAUUGAGAAGCUGAAGCAACGCCUCCGCGAGGAGAUCACACGCACACAAGCUGGCGUUCGUCUUGACCUCAACCUCGAGAAGGGCAGGAUGCGGGAGGAGAACAGCAAACAGGAACUCAAGAUCAAGGAGGUGGACACCCGGAUAGAGCAGGAAAUUGCUGCGCUCCGGACUUCCAUACAGGCCUCAAAGGCUACGACCUUGCAGUAUCUUGUCGGCUUCGUCACUGGUUGCUCUGCGCUACUGAUGGCCUACCUGCGGUUCCGUGUCUGA